AUGGCGACGGUGGUCGGUCCGUUGUUCCGGGCCGCCACGGGCCGCCUCAUGUCCUGCGUUCCGGGAGCCGGUUUCCGGAGCCUUGCCACCGCGGCGUGGGCCUUUGCCACAGCCAAGCAGGCCAGCCAGAGACUGUUCCGGGCGAUUGCCAAAGAGGUGCAGACGUGCCUACCGACGGCCAAUAGCCAGGAGCUGGCCAACAUCGUCUGGGCCUACGGCACGGUGGGGCACCGUGACGAUCAGCUUUUCAAGAUGAUCGCAGCAGAGUGCGUACCACGUCUCGAAGAGUUCAAGACGCAGGAGCUCUCCAAUACCUUUUGGGGCUUUGCGAGUAAUGACUUUUACCACGAGGCCUUCUUCCACAAGGCCUUGAUCCUCGCGAGGGGCAUGCAACUGCAGCCGCAGCAUGUGGCCAACAUCCUUUGGGCUGCCGCACGGUUGCAGCGGAAGCAUCCCGCAGCUAGGCAAGCCGCUAUGGACAUGAUUCCCGGCUGCUUGCCCUUCAUCACGUCUUUCAAACCACAGGAGGUGGCAUCGACCGCCCAUGCCGUAGCGAAAAUCUUUUCCGCUGAGUCAGAGGCUUACGAUCUCUCUGCGCCACCUCAGAUUCCUUUGCAAAUCUCCAUGUUUUUUAGCGCCAUCACACCUUGGUGCCAAGAGCAAAUCACGCUAUUCUCCGACCAGUCAUUAGCCAACAUCGUAUCAUCCUUUGGCAUGUUACGAAUCCAUCUCCAUCCUUCGCUGCUCGCUGCUGUGGAGCAGCAAGUCAUGGCCAGACUUAGAGCAUCGGACCAUGCGGCGCUCGUGGUAUUUUUCCGAGCCGCCGUGCAAUGUCCGCAGCUGGAGCGCCUCCGAUCCCAACUAGCGUCCACAGUUGCCUCACAGCUUGGGAACUUCAAGAGCAAGGAACUCCGAUCUCUGGCUUUCACGAGAUCUGUGAAGCUGGGCAUCGUGCACCAAGACACGGAUCCCAACUUGGAGGAUCUGAUGAGGUGGUGCCUUGAAAUGGCGCAAUCCAACCAGCAGCAACCCAUCCAGAACAUGCAAAACAUGCAGCCCCUGCAAGCGAUGCAGCCGAUGCCCAGCCAUCAGCAAGAGCAAGAGGAGUUGGCCAAGAAAGCAGCUAUCAAUGCAUGUGCACAAGCUAGCUUGGAGAUGCGCCUUCAAGGGCAGCUGCAGCAGGAGUUGCUUUGGCUGCAGCAGGCCCAGGUGCAGGCGCAGGCGCAGGCUGCGCGGGCUGCGGCGCAGGCGGCAGCGGCCCAGGCGGCAGCGGCGCAGGCUGCGGCAGCAGAGCGCGGUCUCAUGCUGCGUGGGGCGCCACAAGGGUUCUCAAACAUCUCCGGCAUGCCUGGCGUCUCAGGCGUCGGGGGAGUGUCCGGACAGGGACCAGGUAUCAUGGGGACGGAUGCACUGUCUACGGGGCCGGCCGCGCGUGGAGCGUGCGCUUACCCGGCUCCGCUUCUCUCGCCUCCUCCCCCUCCAUGGCAGCCGCAG